CUCCUCCCCCGCCCCCCUGGAUUGCCUUGACGACUGUGGACGCUGUGCCUGCGCCUGAGUGCCCGCUGAAGCCCUGAGGAGAAGGACGCUGGAGCCAAGGGCAUGAGGAACUGGUGUCUGUGUCAGAUUUGCACCUGCGGACGGCAUCGUUGUCCACAUGGAGCCACAAGGGUUUAUGAACAUUCUGGCAUAUCUUGCCCCACAACGGAGUAUCUGGAAAAAUAUCCAAAAUAUGGCAACGUUCUUCCACCUCAGAGUCUUAAACCCAAGCAAGAAUUUCAAGCAUACCGUGGUAAAAUGGAAGGAGUAACUACAUUUAAGUCAGAUUAUCGGCCUUACGAAAUAGUCAAACCACCUCGCCACAUACCAGAAGAAUAUAAACCUAAACAGGGGAAAAUUGAUCUUGGUACUACCUACCAGCGAGAUUUUAAUCCGUUCAAAGUGCAGCCUGUGCUAAAAGUCCGGCCUGUGGAAAGACAACCAACUAAAAAGGGAAAGCUGGACACUAUCCCAACUUACAAAGAUGAUUAUAGAUCUUGGGAGAUUCAGAAAUGUGAACUGUGUAAACCAGAGCAAACUUACCAUCCCCCAGACGUGAAAUUCGGAAACUCAACUACAUUUCAGGAUGACUAUGUUCCCCGGGAGAUAAAGCCAAGGCAAAGCUUUAAGCCCUGCUCUGCGGUCAAGUGUUCCGUAGGCCCCUUUGAUGGUGAUACAAGUCAUCGCCGAGAUUACGUACCUCAUCAGCUUGAAGUCAAGUUUGAAAGACCAAAAGAAGUUUAUAAGCCUACUGAGCAGCCUUUUGAGGAUCUCACCACACACCGGAAUGACUUUCAGGGCUUUACUGGAGAAACUGCAAAAAUCUGCAGACCUGCCUACAACAGAGUAACCCAAAAUGCUCCGUUCCGUGGGAGCACUGAAUUCCGCGACAGUUUCCAACCAUGGGAAAUCCCACCACCCAAAGUCAAGGAAGUAGCCGAGUAUGUGCCCCCUCAAGGAAGCAUGCAGCUAGACAGCACCAGCCACCUGGACUAUGUUCCCUAUCAGGCCAGCCGUGUUGCUGCCAUCAGGCCGGUUUCUCACAGAAGAAAAAGCAAUUUUCCUUUCCAAGGAAAAACCACCAUGAAGGAAGAUUUCCAAGCGUGGGAAAGUUGUCGUCAAGGGCUUAUUAAGCAGCAGCAACAGAUUCCCAACCCAUCUGGGAAAUUUGAUGGUUUGACCACUUUCCGAUCUCACUUUGUGCCCCAUGAGUUGAUCCCAGUGGAGAGGUGCAAACCUUUAAAUGCCACCGUGAAGAGCUCGGUUCCACUUGAUGAUGUCACCAUGUAUUCCAUACAGUACACACCGAAGAAACAGGAAAUCUGCCCGGCUAGCUAUCCUUCUCCUCCAGGUUAUGUAUUUGAAAAUACAAAUUCCCAAGGACAUAAGUUCUUUCGCAAGAUCAUUCCUGCAGUGAAGGCCUUUUAGGAAUCAAAUAAUUUUUAUAAGAAUGCUAAUGAGAGUUCAGUUUUUAAGUGAAAACCUAAAUUUUAUAGUGAAAAAUAUUUUAAGAGAUAUAUUAUUUUUAGCUUUUUAAACAAGUUGGGACAUAUAGAUCAGAAUUCACACAUCCAUUUUUGUACUAAUAGUUUAACCAAGAAUACUCAUUGUCGCUCUUGUGUUUUGUGUUUUGAGCUGGGGCCUCCCUAGUCUCUCCAGGCUAGCCUGGGACUUGCAGGCUCCCUCUGUCAGGCUCCUGAUCCAAGAUCGUUCUUUAGUGAACAUUUCUGAAGGUUCAGUGAUGCGCAUGCUCACCUCCACAUGCUGGCGUGUAGCUUGUCCUCCGUCUGUUGCCAUUUUUACGUUUUUCUCUAGUUACACAAUGCUACAGCUACUCUCUUUGUCAUGUAUCAAGUACAUUGGGACUGUCUAGAACAAAAUUGAAGAUGAGAUAUGGAUUGCACUUCCAAAAAAGUCUAGGAUUUACUCAUUCAUUCAUUCAUUCAUUAUUAUUUUUCAUUUUAACUUCAACCUAUUUACAGAGCCUAGACCAAGUCAUUGGUCUAGUAAUGUCAUAACCAACAUUGGUUGGUAAUGUCAGAGACUUCUGCUCUGCUCCUUGCCUAUUCAACAUAGCUAGAGGCAUUGUUCUUUGAAAAGGAAAGGCCCUCUGGACUGGAAAUCAGAGGACCAGAGUUCAAGUACUAAGAUCAUCAGUUUCUAUUUGUGCCACUGUAAGCAAGCUGAUACCUCUCCUCUGUGAUUCAUAUGUAAAGAAUAUUAGUUCUGCCUACCUCACAAAAGUCCGUUGGGAACAUUGAGUCAUGCAAUACAUUUGAAUGCAUAAGACACAAAUGUGAAGGGGUGAUUAACUAAUCCUCAACUACCUUUUGUACUUACUUUUUCCUUUUUAAAUAAGGAGAGUUAUAGACUUAAUACUCAUUAUCUGGUCUACAGCAACCUCUGAGUUUAUGAGUAAUAUGUAUUUGUGAGAGGCAUCUGCCCACUGUAGAGUCACAAGAACCCUGUAAGUAAUGGCAGAGAAUAGAGAACUUAGAUUAAAUGCUUUGUUGUGAAUGGCUGUAUUUUCAAAGAGAAAACUAUUUGCUAGAGCAGUUUUCGGGAAGCCUUCCAGCUCUGAGAAGAUCUUCAGGAGAAACCUUGGUACCUGUGCACCCAGUGGCCACACCAAGAAUCACUGGUCACUAGCACGAGCUGUAACUACCUUGUUCACCACUGAAAGUAUACAGAUAGGUGUGAAGAAGGAAGGGGAAGAGAUGCCACUAAGGGACAUGGAAAUAGCAUACUACAGUUAUAAAUGCUGAAAGGUUCCAGUGAAAUAAGAUCAAGUGAUUAUUUUAAUAAAUGAUUGUAUAUGGAAGAACAAGAUUGACUUUAAAAUGAAUUUAAUGUUUUCAUGGUUGUUUAAGAAUAUAUACUGAGGAUGAAUUCAUAGUAUUUUAUUCAAUAGUUCUAAUUAUUUGAAAGGCAUUCUCCAUAUUUGCAUUUAUUAUAAAUGUAUAAUAUCUGAAAAACUUUUUAUGUGUAAUUAAUAAAUGGAUUGAUCUUCA